CCCUGCUCACAAAGUCACAAGUCGCAUCUCUCCCUCUCUUCCCCCAUCAACACGCAUCUCUCUGCAGCUGCACUGAGCGCACGCAGAUUCGCACUGUGCAUAGCGAGACCGCAGGAGCCAAGGAAGCUGCGGGAGCAGAGCAAUCGAGCAUGAUGGCUCCAUAGAGCCGGUCAGAUAAGAGAAAGGGGGGAAGAGACGCAGAGCAGGGCCGCAGGGAAAGCGGGGGGACACCGCCCAAGAUCGCGAAGGCACAGCAGCUGCGCAGCGGCAGCUGUCCAUGGAGGUGGAGCCGCCGCAUGCUGCCGCGGCCGCUGUAGCAGCAGCGCUCCUGAAAUGCCGCGCCGACGGCGGGGAGGCAAGGCUCGAGGCCUGCGGUAAGGCGGCCGCCAGGAGCCCGAGCCGCGAGGCGCAAGAACCGGACGGCACCCCCCGUACGGGCCGCCGCCGCGGGGAGGAGGGGCAGGAGGUGGUGGAAGCGGAGGAGGAGCCGCUGCGACGGGGGCUCGCGGCGGCCCAGGCGCGCGCUCGGGCGCGGCGGAAGGCCGGGCACGCCACGCCGUCGCCGUCCUGGAAGCUGGAGCCGUCGCCGCCGCGGCUGGAGGAGUCAGCGUCGGCGGCGGCGGCCGAGGCGGACGCGGGGGCGGGGAGGCGGGGCGCGCCGGUCGCGUCGGCGCGGCAGCUGGGCGCCACCCUGUGGGAGAUCCAGGACGUCAUCCGCGUCGCCGGCGCGGGGCGCCGGAUCCGCCGCCGUGGACGGAGGGUGCCCGCCGUCGACGAGGCGAAUGCGGAUGCGGAUCGGCCACGGAGUUCAGGUGGCUUUGGAGCACAUGUUGCCACUUCAGUGAUGGAGCAUGAUAAGUUACAUGAAGAAAGAUGCCCUUCAAGGCAGCCUCUUUCUCCUGCGAGUUACACUAGCUCAGUUGGGGCAACAACGGUGAAUCUUGUCAGCCCAGCUCGGUCGUUGGAUUGCAAAGCUAGAUUUAGGCAGGCAGGUAAUGAUCUUAAAACAUCAACAGAGCUAUUGAAAGUUCUCAAUCGAAUUUGGAGCUUGGAAGAGCAGCAUGCAGCUGAUGUGUCAGCAAUGAAGGGAUUGAAACGAGAGUUGCAUCAUGCCCAGGCAUGCAUUCAAGAACUUAUGCAAGAGAGGCAGAGGUAUCACCACGAAAUUGAUUCUCUAGCAAGGCAAGUCACUGAAGAUAAAAUGGCUCGGAGGAACAAGGACCAAGAGAAGAUCAAAGCAGCCCUUCGUUCAGUGCAAGAGGAGCUUGAAGAUGAGAGACGUCUGAGGAAGCAUUCUGAGACUCUCCACAGAAAGCUAGGCAGAGAGCUCUCUGAGAUGAAAUCAGCAUUUUGCAAGGCUGUCAAGGCUCUGGAGAAAGAGAAGAAGACAACCUGCCUGUUGGAAGAUCUUUGUGAUGAGUUUGCAAAAGGAAUUAGAAACUACGAGGAGGAAGUCAGGAUGUUGAAGCAAAAGCAUGUAAAGGAGUAUGAGCACAAGUUCGAUAAGUCAGUAGUUCAUAUUUCAGAAGCAUGGCUUGAUGAGCGAAUGCAGAUACAAAAGACUGAUACGAGGGGAGAUUUGUCAGGAAAAACCUCAAUCACAGAGCGGCUGAGCAGUGAGAUUGAGAGUUUUCUUCAUCAUGCUAAAAGGUUCGAUAACUCCAAGAAUGAUAAUUUAAACAUUGUUAAUGAAAAGCGAGAUGCAAGUUUUUGCCGGCAAUCCCUUGAAUCUGUGCACCUUAAUGGAGCCACUAGCGCCCCUCGGCUAGCUGAAGAUGACGAUGGCAGUUCUAUUGCCAGUGAUCUGCAUUGCCUUGAACUGAACAUGCAUGGAGGUGGCAUUAAAAGCCAUGAUCUUGCAGGCACUCGAAGGAGGGUCAUAAGCUCCAUGCAUUCACCAAUGAGAAGAUUGGAAUAUUCUAAUGGUGUAUCUGUUGAAGGCUCACCAAUGUCAAAUGCACCAACUUGCUCAAAGAAAGACAAGGUGAGGUCUAGCAUUGGCCGACAACAAUUUAUUGCUUCAACACCAGAAAUUAGCUCACGCAAUGAUGCUGGCCUUGCCUCCACAGACGAGCAGAAUGAAACUGUUAUGACCCAAGUCUCUCGCCGAUUACGUGAUGACCUGUUGAAGAUCAAAUCAGUGGCUCCUCAACAUGCAUAUCUAGGGCACAAAUCAAACCAGCCCCGGACAAAUCAGUUUCAUGAAUAUGCUACCUUACGGGAUCUUUGCGAUGUGCGCAGUCCAGCACGGCAUCUGAAUAAUCCUGCCAAGGCCCUGGAAUGCGAGAUAUCUGAAUCCCCAGCACAUCAGCUGGUAGGCACAAAGGAGAACACUCUGAAAGCGAAGCUACUUCAAGCAAGGUUGGAGGGGCAGCAUGCUCGAAUGAGCGCAUUGGUAUUCCCCUUAAUCAGCACAAGGAGGAAAUGAGAACCCAGUUGACACUCUUAGGGCUUCCAUGAAUUGGGUAUGCAACACAUAUAGUUGCAAUUGUAAGAUAUCUGACUUAAUAGCUAAAUAUUCACUGGAAGUUGCAGGAUAUGCGAAUCCUAGAUGUAGCUGCAUAUUGAGCGAAGUUUCAUUGUAGAUUUCAUCUGCUAACCGUCAGUCUAGAACGAAUUGAGAUGGGACUUGGUAAUUGCAUUAUUGUAACUUUUGUAUAGUAAUAAGCUCUAGUUAUUACUUGCUUAA